AUGCAUUUCACCAUUUUAAAGCUUCAGGCCACAAUCAGCCAGCAGGCCCCUCUCCGGGACUCCGAAAAGGAGCGGGGAGGAGCGCGCAGGCGCGAUGGGGGGGGUGGGGUCUUCAGGGAAGCCCUGGCAGCCCGACGGGUGGCCAUCUUGGUAAAGGGCAACGACGCCAGCUGCUCUACGUCAUCAGUCUGCGCGACGGGCGAGCACCCGGCCGUCCGGGUCGUUUCGGGAGUGGUGGGUGGGGUGGGGGUCCAGGUUGGGAACCAGCUGGACACAGUGUUUCUCCUGAGUGGGAAUGACCCGGCCAUUCAUCUCUACAAGGAGAACGAGGGGCUGCAUCAGUUUGAAGAACAUCCCGUGGAAAACCUCUUCCCGGAGCUCACGAAUCUGACCAGUAGCGUCCUCUGGCUUGAUGUCCACAAUCUCCCCGGCACAUCCCGGCGACUCUCCGCUCUGGGUUGUCAGAGCGGUUAUGUCCGAGUUGCCCACGUGGACCAGCGAAGUCAAGAGGUUCUGCAGACAUGGACCAUCCUGCAGGACGGCCCCAUCUCCCGAGUGAUCGUGUUCAGCCUCUCAGCCCCCGAGGAGACCCAGGACCGGCCACAGCAGGAAGAGUACAGCGUGCUCGUGGCCAGCAUGUUGGAACCAGCCGUGGUAUAUCGGGACCUGCUGAGCCGGGGCCUUGAGGACCAGCUUCUCCUGCCCGGCAGUGACCAGUUUGACAGCGUCCUCUGUGGCCUGGUCACCGAUGUAGAUCUGGACGGGCGGCCCGAAGUCCUGGUGGCCACCUACGGACAGGAGCUCCUCUGUUACAAGUACUUCGGCCCGGAGUCCGGGCUCCCCGAGGCCGAGCGGGGAUUCUGCUUGCUGUGGCAGAGAGACUUCUCCAGCCCACUGCUGGCGCUGGCACACGUGGACCUGACCGGGGACGGGCUGCGGGAGCUCGCCGUGGUCUCCCUGAAGGGCGUGCACAUCCUGCAGCACAGCCUGGUCCAGGCCUCGGAGCUGGUCCUGACCCGGCUUCGGCAUCAAGUGCAGCAGAGGAGACGACGUCAGUCACAGAGGCCUGGGGACGGGACGCUGGUGUGGUUCACUGGGGCCGUCACCUCCAGCCAUUCGUGGUGGGGAAGCAUCCUGAAGGAGAGGAUGGUCUCCCCACACCCUCCAGUGGUAGAGCUGUGGGUCCCUGCUCUGGCUGUGCCCCGUUGUGCCCUGUGA